CAUUGUAAGGUUUCCGCCAGUAGUGGGCACUCAUGCAACGUAAGCAUGACGUACAUCCGAGUCAACGAGACUGAGGGAAGUUAGGUUGACGUGAAAUGUAACAAGAAUAGCAAAGCAGGGAGGACUAGUUACAUUUUUAUGGGUUCCAAUGCACAUAGGAGUGAAGGAAAAUGAUAAAAUGGACAAGGUUGCAAAGAAGGCAUUAAAGAAGUAUGUAGAAAUGCAAAUAAUCACCAAUAAGAUGUAUGCCAAUCGCCGUUAAAGAAGAAGCCACAAUGACUGCAUAACAGCAAAAGUAGGUGGCGAUAUGUACACAGAUGCAACGCGCCAAAAGAAGAAGAAGAAGAAGAAGAAGAAGAAGAAGAAGAAGACGAAGAAUUGGCGGGAAAAAGGAAGCUCAAGUGUGCAUGGAAAGCAUGGACGUGAUUUUGAAUUUUGUGUUUUUAUUUGUAUUUGCACACGGUUCAUCUGGCGCUGAUAUAGUGUCAGUGUCAGUGAUGGAGGGAGAUUCAGUCACUCUAAACACUGGUGUUGAAACAGACAAACAAGACGAUAUAUCAUGGUAUUUUAAUAACACUCGCAUCGCUCAAAUCACUGGAGAUCUCAGUUAUAGUUGUACAGAUGUUCAGUGUAAUGAAGUUAAUGAGAGAUUCAGAGACAGACUCAAGCUGGAUCAUCAGACUGGAUCUCUGACCAUCAUAAUCACAUACUCAGGAGAAUAUAAACUACUGAUCACCAGCAGCAGCGACAGUCAAACGAUCUUCAGUGUUACUGUUCAUGGUGUUUCUGCUGCUGAACGAGAUGAAAUGAAGAGAAAGUCAGUGAAGGAGGAAGAAUCUGUAACUUUAGAUCCUGGUGUUAUAAAAAACUCAGAUGAUGUGAUGACAUGGCAUUUUAAUAACACGCUUGUUGCUGAAAUCAUUGGAGAUCCCAGUAAGAUCUGUACAUAUGUUCAGACUGAUGAGAGAUUCAGAGACAGACUGAAGCUGAAUCAUCAGACUGGAUCUCUGACCAUCACAAACACCAGAAACACAGACUCUGGAGAAUAUCAACUGAAGAUCAUCAAGAGCAGCUUCAACAUAAAAAGGGGCUUCAGUGUUUCUGUCACUGAUUCAGGUCUGUCUUCAGCUGCUGCAGCAGGAAUAGCUGUUGGUGUCUUACUGCUUGUGGCGGCUGUUGUGAUUUUUUGCUGCAAGCGUCAAAUAAGAAGAAAAAGAUCCAGGGAUGCAGCACAAUGAUCAGGCAAAUGGUGUUGAAGAAUUGUCCCCUAAUCAGAACAAGAUUCCACUGGUGGAUGAUGCCAAUGAGACGUCCUAUAAUCAGACUGAGUUAGGGCUGGACGAUUAAUCAAAAAGUAAUCAAAACCGAAAUUCAGAACCUCUAGCCGAAGUAAUUUUCCCAUGACGGUUAUUUCAUUUUUUUUUUAAUCCUGUUAAUAGCCUACUUCCCCCUUAAAAACAUACUACCACGCAUGUAGCCACGUGACUCUGCCCCGUCCAGUCAGUGGUAUAAAAGCAACACGGAGGUGAACGCCGGUUCAACACAUAGUGAUGGUGCGCGAGUGGUGAGCCUUGUGUCUUCAGUAAACUUUGUUAUUUGUUUUAUGGUUUGGACAUUCAAGCGAUUAGACGAUCGGAUGUGUAUUAUUAUAUUGAUAAUAUUAUAAAAAUAUUAUAUCGAGCUACCGCGCUCGCACAGCUGCAUUGUGGCACAAACACUCAUACAAACAGUAGCUGUGUAAAGAUUUUUUUUUUUUUGUACGUGAAGAUUGCGCGCACUGAGAGGAGCAGAAACUAGUUGUCAGCGCUGUUCUGUGAUUUAUGACUUUACAACCCACAGCUUCACAAUUAAUAGAGAAACGGUAUGACUAAAGGCCUGUUCACACCGGGACGAAUAUCGCGCGUGAUUUUCGCCGACGUUUAACGCCUCGUGACUAAACAAUG